UCUGUGUUAAUGAAUGCAAUAAAUCCAUGAUUGUGUCUGAUGUUGGUGCCGCAACACCUGAACAGAAACAUCCUGAUGGAAACUGAAACCGAUGAGAGGAAGUGUGAGGAGGAGGAGGAGGAAGUCAGCGAGAGGAAGUUUGGAUGUGAUGAGGAUCUGAAAGGCCGUUGAAGUCAAAGGAACGUCUGAGUUGAUUGUCGUGGAUUUACCGCAAAUUUUAACUUUAAGUUUCUAAACUCGAGCUGAAAGGAGUCGGGAAGCUGAUGAUGGUUCUGCAGGAGGUAGGUGUUCUCCAGUCACUUCACCAAUUCAGAUGAUUUAAUCUGGCUUAGUUUGGGUCUGUUCAGUUUAACCCAUCCGGUUUAUGUUCAGAGCCACAAACCGGUUAUUAGUUUCACCUCUCAGAACUCAUCAUCUGUUGCUUUAACUUAUCAACCCAAACCGGUUCAGUCUGGUUGCAUUUAGCUGCAUAAAACACAGAUUUAUUUCAGAUUAUUUUGUUUUUUUAGUAAGAAUUUUACUAACAACUGGAAGUAUGAGUAGAAUAUGUGUAAAAGUUUGUAAUCAUUGACAAUAAAGUUGAUUCUGAUGAUGUUUUUUUAGAAAUGGAUUUUGGGUUAGUCUAUUUGCGUCCACCAGGGGGCGCUGUGACCCGCUUCCAUGCUUUCAUUAUUUUUAAUAGAUAAAUAAUAAAUGAAACGUCAUAAAGUUAAACAAAUAAAGUGUAAUAUAUAUAUAUAGCGGUCAACGGGCAACUUGGCGGGGUACACCCUGGACAGAGAGCCAGUCCAUCGCAGGGCAACACAGAGACACACAGGACAAACAAUCACACACACACACACACACACACACACCAUAGACAGACCAGUUAACCUAACAGUCGUGUUUUUGGACUGUGGGAGGAAGCCAGAGCACCCGGAGAGAACCCACCAUGCACAGGGAGAACAUGCUAACUCCAUGCAGAAAGAUCCCAGGCUGGGAAGCGAACCCAGGACCUUCUCGCUGCAAGGCAACCGCUAUAACCACUGUGCCACUGCGCAGCCCGUUAUGAGAACAUUUGGUGUUUAAUCCUUCAACUCCCACACAAUAAAUGAGCAUUUAUUUAUUUGAGUCAUUUGAAGGAAUAAGGAUUAUAAUUUAUUAUGAGAUGAUAAUUUUGAAUUCAAGCAUCUGCUUUAUUUAAAAUAAAUUCAAAUCAAAGAUGCUUUAUCAAUCCCAGAGGGAAAUUAGAGUUUCAGUACACACAAUUCUGAGAUCAGACAUACAUACAUAGACACAUGACAAGAAUUGGUGACUGUGGUCAUUCGCAACCCGAGUAGCGCUACCUUAAUAGAGAUCAGAGGGUUACAUGAGGAUUGGUUCAGGUGGAGGGAAAAAGGCACUUCAGAGUUACCCUCCACAGGGAGGGCAGCUUUGCUCUGCAAAAAACACCUCAAACAGAAAUGCAACAGACUUCAGACAUUACACAACAUAAGUGUCCACUAGGUGGGGAGGUGGGUUCGAGACUCCACACAUCAGUGCAUGUAGCCGCAUGGAGCAGCGCUCGUCACCUCCGUUUGGAGAGGGGAGGGAGAUAAUGGGUUAGAGAGCACAGUGACUCCUGGAAACGAUUCAACUGCCUUCACCGGUCGCAGUCCCGCUCAGGCUGGGAUAGGGAUAGAGUUACCAUGGCGACGGCAGCAUUCCACAUUUCUUCUGAGGGGGUAGUUUUCACUUCAGCCUCACAGGCUCAAGGGCACCAGAUUCAGAUAAGAACCUGUUUUGGGUACAGACAGAGAUAAUUUCCGCUCUGUCUUAGUGUUCUGUUGGUCUCCAACCCCUCCAGGUCCAAUAAUAGCAUAAUUAAUCUAUCCCAACCGUGCUGUCCCAUCAACUCGCUCCUUGAUCGAAUCCACCUUCUGUGCCAGAGUCCGAAUCUCAGCCUAAGUUCCAAGCUUACGACUCAUCUAGACAAUUAUAUGAGUUUGUGCGUUCACAGCGCGGUAUAAUCCAUCCCUGAGCUCCGGGAUUGAGCCAAUAUUCCUCGACAGCUCGUAAAUUUUCUGGUAAGCCAGGUAACCGCUCAGGCCAACAGCAGGAAUCCCGACAUCAACACAACGAAUAUCCAGACGUCUUCAGAAUCCUCUACAGACACCUGAGAGAGGCAGAUCAGGUUCCGCUGUUUCCAGGAGUCCAUGAUAUACCCAGCUGGCUCUGUCCCAGAGGGGCAUCCGGGAGCCCCUUCUCCCGUUCUCAUCGUUGAAAUGAUUUUGUCAAUCGCGUUGAGAGACCAACUAGCCAGGUCCAUUUUUAAUCAUUUCCAGUUUCCAGAAAAUAUGCUGAAAGAGCAGAGCACAGGCAGACAGGACUGAGAGCCUUGGGAGGAGGAGGAGGGAGGGGAGAAAAAACAGCGUCUGUACCCUAACCCUAACCCUUUCCAUCUAUUAAAUUCCAGAAUGAUAUUCUAAUCAAUAUUCAAUAAUAAGUAAACAACAUUGGCCCGUUGCACCUGAAGAUCCUCCACCAGGGGGCAGCAGACGUAUUCAGGGCUGCAUGUGGCGGGUUUGUGGUGAAGGUUCUGAUCCUGAUGCUCCUUCUGGAGGCUUUAGGGCCAGAAGGGACUAACGUUCUUUACCAGGUGGUUUACCCACAGUUUAAAGAUGAAACAUGUUUCUCUGGAUUAAAGUUGAACCUAAAGUAAAAGAAUCAGCUGUAGGACCUCCCAGCUGAGGAAAGGCUGAGAAGCGAGGACAAAGUUCAGAUUGAGUGACGUGCAGACGAGUGCUGAGGAGGCCUUGUGGCAGGAAGAGAGCUGGUGGAGGAUGCAGAAGUGGUGUGAGCGUUUAAAGAUAAACUCCAGCUAUUUAUACGGAGGCUGAGUGACAGGAUGACGUGCUGCAGCUUGUAGACCGCAGCUCUGGGUGAGUUUGGUAAGCCUGGGCUGCAGCAGAGGUCACGCCCACAGCAGCGUCUGAGCUCAGACUUCUUCUUCUUCUUCCUCCUCGAGCCGUUUCUGUUUCCCUCGGCCGCCCUGUCUUUUGUUUCUGUGUGUUUGCUGAGCGCAGGCAGGGAUGGCGGAGCUGGAGGGUUUGGAGUUUGGGAAGUCUGACUUUGUCCUGCUGGAUGAGGUCACCAUGGAGCAGUUCAUGGACAACUUGAAGUUAAGGUAAGAACUGAGGUCAAAGGUUACCUGAAAAGAUCAGAAAAAUGUUCCCGUUCUUCUUUGAGUUCCUGCGUACGGUCGGUCACAUCCUCCACGAUGAAGAUAAACAUCCAAACCGUCACAAACAAAUACUUUGACUCUUGAGGUUGAGGGAGGACUCUCGAGUCAGCUCAGCCUCAUCGUUCCCGCUCAGCCUCAUCGUUCCCGCUCAGCCUCAUCGUUCCCGCUCGGACUCAGAUGUCCUCGUCAGAUCAGACAAACUUUGUCUGCAGUUGUUGAAGCCAGAGACAGGAGCUGCCACGAUGGUUCUGCUCUCAGGUGUUCAGAUUUCAGAUCACUCUCACUUCCUCUGAGUUGUCUCGGCUAUCAGACACGUCACACAUUGUCCUGGAGCUGGCCGGAGCCACAAGAACUCCCAAACCAGCCUGAUCAGACUCGCCCGGUGUUGAGCACGGAAACACGUGCACUCACCUCCUGCUGCAGCGGGGACCUCAUUCCCCCGGAGUCCGACUCCAGAAGCCUGAUUGGACAGAAGUUUCUGACUUGGACGGAGACGAUCUGUUGAAAUCAGACGUGAAUGUUCUCCACUUGUUGUUUCAGAAGGCGGACACGACUCUCGGAGGGGUUAGUGGAAUAGUUCCGACACGUCAGAGGUAAAGUCCCAGAGAUUCUCAAAGGAGUUCCCCAAAUGUCUCCAAAUGAAACCCAGAAGCUGUCUGAAGACAUGCAAGACAGCUUUGGGAGGACUUGGAGACCAAAUCACAAACAAACAAAGACAUUUUGUGACUCAGUUGCAAAAAGAAAAUGUAAACAACUUUGUUUGUAAUGACAUAAUUUUCUCAUCGUGACUGGAUUAUAGAAACUUGUAGCUGAUGUGUGUACGGAGUCAGUGCGACUGCAGCAGAACGAUCCGAACGGAAAUCAUCCUGAUGAUGGGAUGGAAGAACAGCACCGGAAUCCUAAUGACCAGGUUGGAGUUGAAGAACGUCCUCUUUAACGAGAUCCAGACGUCAACAUCCCAUAAAGACGUGCUGUCUCCGCAGGCUGCCACCGUAGGCCCCGCCCACUCACCUGCACACAUUCUGGUUGUUUCGAAAGCAUCAAGUAACUUAUUACUACUGUUAGGAGAGUUAAUAAUUGAUGGUUCAAGGAGGCGGGGCUUAAAACUGCAGCCAGCCACUAGGGGGUGUAUUGGUUUGAUAGUUUUAUGAAUGUGGCCAAUGGGUUUAGGGCCCAGUGGGGUCCUGUUCUGGCCUACCGCUGCUCUAACCCACCUGAUCCCGGUCCUCAGCAUGUCUGCAGGUGCAUCAGAAACCUGAAUUACCUGUAGAUUUAUGUCAGGUGUGUUGAAGCAGAACAACAUCUGAAACAGGUGAAUUUUCCCCUCCUGAUGCAGGAAGAUCAGUGGCCCAGAUCUGGUUUAUGCUGCUGGUAACAUGAAGCCUGUGAGUUAAACAGGUUGUUUUUUUAUCAGAACCAAAGCUUUACUUCAAAAACGUGUCCAGGUAAAAAAAAAAAAACACCUGCAGACAAAUCAGUCCUGGCUGAUUUCUGUGGGACGCAUGCAUUUUUACUGUAAAUCCAAGCUGUCUGAGUGAGUCUUGGGUCUUUCAACAGGAAGGUGACCCCUGACACCGUGUUCCUACAGCUGAUGCUCAGACGUGCCACACACAUCUCACGUAGUUUGUAAUUUAUCUGCUCCAUCAGGCCUGUGGCAUCUACGUUUACUCCUCCCAGAACAAAAAAGAGAGUUGCACGGGGACCACACCCUUCAAACCACAUGUUUCAUUUCCUGUUCUCAGUGAACAACCUCUUGUGUCACUUCCUGUCAUCUCUGCAUGACAUCAAGGUGUGAGACAGCCUCUGAAAACUUCAGAUCGGGUUUUUUUUUAGUGGUUUGAGAGUCAUGUGAGACGUGGGCGUGCUGAAGCUGGGGUGUGACCCGAGGACAGCAUAUUCAUGAUAAAAGACGUGGAAGCUUCCGGUGGAACAACAGCAGCUGUGUGAUGGUGUGUUUUUUCUGAGCAGGUUUGAGAAGGGCCGGAUCUACACCUACAUCGGGGAGGUGGUCGUCUCUGUUAACCCGUACAGAGAGAUGGACAUUUAUGGCAAAGAUACCAUAGAUGCAUACCGAGGCCGGGAGCUGUACGAGAACCCUCCUCACCUGUACGCCGUGUCUGAUGCCGCUUAUAAGGCCAUGAAAAGACGAGCCAAAGACACCUGCAUCGUCAUCUCAGGCGAAAGUGGAGCUGGAAAAACAGAAGCCAGUAAACACAUCAUGCAGUACAUCGCAGCCAUCACCAACCCCAGCCAGAAGGCGGAGGUGGAGAGUGUGAAGAACGUGCUGCUGAAGUCCAACUGUGUUCUGGAGGCUUUUGGGAACGCCAAAACCAACCGCAACGACAACUCCAGCCGCUUCGGCAAAUACAUGGACAUUAACUUUAACUUCAACGGCGAUCCCACGGGAGGACACAUCAACAAUUACCUGCUGGAGAAGUCCAGGGUGGUCCAGCAGCAUGAGGGGGAGAGGAACUUCCACUCCUUCUAUCAGCUGCUGCGUGGAGGAUCCGAGGAGAUGCUGAAGUCGUGUCACCUGCACAACGAUCCGGCGCUCUACCUGUACACCAGAGAGGGCUCUGCGGCCACCACUUCCAACAACGAUCGGAUGAACCACAAGGCGGUGAUGAGUGCACUGGAUGCGAUUGGCUUCUUGCCGGAGGAGAUCCGCUCUAUUAACCAGAUCCUGGCUUCUAUUUUACACCUGGGAAACGUUUCCUUUGCGAGCGACGGCGAGAACAUUAAGAUCCUGGGUCUGGACUCGGUGAAGCACAUCUCGGAGCUGACGGCUACGGAUCCUGACAGCGUCAGUAAGAGCCUGCUGUUCCGGACGGUCGCCACCGGCGGCGGGGAGGUCAUUGAAAAGGGUCACACGGAACAGGACGCCUGCUUUGGGCGGAACGCCUUCGCUAAGGCGCUCUACGAGAGGCUCUUUGGUUGGAUUGUGAGCCGCAUCAACGGCAUCAUAGAAGUGAAAGACUACAACCCAGUGCUUCACGGGAAGAACACCGUCAUCGGUGUUCUGGACAUCUACGGCUUCGAGAUCUUUGACAGCAACAGUUUUGAACAGUUCUGCAUCAAUUACUGCAACGAGAAGCUGCAGCAGCUCUUCAUCGAGCUGAUCCUCCAGCAGGAGCAGGACGAGUACCAGAGAGAGGGCAUCACCUGGCAGCACAUCGACUACUUCAACAACCAGAUCAUCGUGGGCCUGGUGGAGCAGCAGCACAAAGGCAUCAUCUCCAUCUUGGACGAAGCCUGCCUGACGGUCGGUAACGUCACUGACACGGUCUGUCUGGAGAGCAUGAACACCAAACUGGCUCAGCAUCCUCACUACACGUCCAGAAAGUUCAACCCUUCGGACAAAUCCAUGGACUUCCAGAAACACUUCCGUAUUCGCCACUAUGCUGGAGAUGUCACAUAUUCAGUCGAUGGUUUUCUAGAAAAAAACAAGGAUUUGCUUUUCCAAGACUUCAAACGUCUCAUGUACAACAGCACUAAUCCAGUCCUGAAGGAAAUGUGGCCCGAUGGUCAGCUGAGCAUCACCGAGGUGACCAAGAGGCCUCUGACUGCAGCAACUCUCUUCAAGAACUCCAUUGUGGCUUUGGUCGAUAAACUGGCCUGUAAGGAGCCGUACUACGUCAGAUGCAUUAAGCCCAACGAGAUGAAAUCCCCGGUGUUGUUUGACGACGCUCGCUGCGAGCACCAGGUGGCGUACCUGGGCCUGCUGGAGAACGUGAUGGUUCGCAGGGCGGGUUUCGCCUACAGGCAGCUGUACGCCCGCUUCCUGCAGCGGUACAAGAUGACCUGUGAAUACACCUGGCCCAACCACCUGAUGUCCUCAGACCGGGAGGCCGUGGAGGCCAUCAUCACGCAGCACGGUUUCCACGACGACGUGGCGUACGGGCACACCAAGCUGUUUGUGCGAACGCCGCGGUCUCUUUUCACCCUGGAGCAGGAGCGAGCCGCCCUCCUCCCCAUCCUGGUGCUGUUCCUGCAGAAGGUGUGGCGAGGCGCUCUGGCCCGUCUGAGGUGCCGACGGAUGAGAGCCAUCUACACCAUCAUGGGCUGCUACAAGCGCUACAAGGUCAAAGCCCACUUCUGGGAGGUGGAGCGGCGAUUUGCAAACGUGAGAACCAUGGCGGAUUAUGGGAGGAGCGUGCAGUGGCCGACUCCUCCUGCAGCUCUGGCUUCGUUUCACAGAAUCACAAACACGCUGCAUCGCAGGUGGUGGGCGAGGCAGAUCGUGAAGAACAUCCCUCCGUCCGACAUGCUGGAGGUCCGCGCCAAAGUGGCGGCUCUGACCUCUCUGAGUGGUGAGAGGAAGGACUGGGGAGUGGGCCGAGCCUGGGAGAGGGACUACCUGUCCAACGUGAGGGACUGUCCUCAGACCAGUUCUGGGUUUGUUCGAGUUUCCAGAGAGCUGAAGAACAAAGACGGCUACGGUCAGGUGGUCUUCUCCGGCUUCUGUAGGAAGGUGAACCGGUUCAACAAAAGCACGGACCGAGCUCUCCUCAUCACAGACCAGUUCGUCUACAAACUAGAACCAAGGAAGCAGUUCAAGGUUCUGAAGAGGGUUCCUCUGGACCUGUUUACUGGGCUGAGCGUGACCAGUGGGGUGGACCAGAUGGCGGUGCUCCACACGUCCUCCCAUGAUGACGUCCUGAUGUGUCUGCAGCCAGGAGAGCUGUGUCCCAACCAGGACCGGGUGGGCGAGCUGGUGGGCGUGCUAGUGGACCACUUCUCACGCGACUGUCCUCGAUGUUUCCGUCUCGCUGUCGGCCGCAACGCCGCCCGGCCCGUCUGCUCUUCUCAGAUUUUGAAACCAGAGUACCAGACCUCAGGUCCACAGCCUCCUCCGUGUGAAAGCACACCCUCCGGCCCAGAACAGCCUCGUGACCUCUGGGCUCGUCUGUUCAACGUGAAAAAUCUGCGUCUUCUCACUGACGCGGAGCUGUCGGCUCCCUUCAGACGAGGAAGACGAGCAGUGUUUCUAACUCGGCUGUUCGGGGACCUUCAGGUUGGGCGGCGGCGCCGUUGGGUCGGCCUGAUGGAGAUCUGGUGUUUUCAUUAGAGCCGAGGAACCCGUUCGGAUGCACCACGGGCGUUUGAGACGCUGGCUUUGCAUGUGAAGUCAUGUCUUGGUUUAGAAAGCCGUGGAUGUUGUUGUGACUGACUUUUUCCCAGAAUGCCCCCUGACGAGACUCGGGACGCGGGCUGCAGCUAGUGGAGAGGGACCUGCUGGGCCCGAUGACGCUGAUGGGUCCGGAACGGUCCGUUUCACGUGAAGGUGUGCUGCUCAGCUCUGCAGCUCCAGAUGAGAGGAAGACCCAAAAGCGUCACCGUGGAAACCAAGCCGGGUCAGACCAUUACAGACUUCAAGAAG